AUGAACCAAUCGGAGAGGCUCUGGACAACGUACAGUAGACGACAGAUGUGCUCCAGGGCGAAUGCGCCCGAAGAGCUGGAGGAGGUGGAGAACGAGGAGGAGGGGCGGCUGCCGUGAGAUUCCAAUCUGAUCUCAGGCCUGGGCCGUUCUCAUGUCUGCCAACAGUUGCAUUGCGGAUUCUCGGCCUUGGAACAGCGCGUGGAUGAAAGUGCAGAUCACCUCCAGAGGAUUGAUGGAUACUUCCUCAUCUUUUCCCACGGAGAGAGAGAGUUUGGACUUGAAAAACAUUCAGUGGUCAUUUGAGAGGAAAUAGUUCAUUCUGAGCAUUUUUCUCUAGGAAAAAGUGGGUAGGGAAGAUUUAUUUCUGAACACUAAGAAGGUCACGGCUCAUGGAAACUUUUUCAAAAAAAUUUAGCAGUGUUCGGUAAUUUGAGAAGUAAAAGCUUCUUGAACUUGUCGAAAAAAAUGAAAAUUUUACUCAAUUUGAAGUUACUCAGGGUUUUCUUAUCUUCUUAUCUUUUUUCUUGACAAAACUGAGAUCAGACCAUUCUCUUUGAAUACAAUAGCGAAAUUUUCGAUAAAUUAUUUUUAGUGGUCCAUACCGGAAAUUCAACUUCGAAGAGAUUAUUCAAUUUUAUUGAUGUUCGAAAAAUUCGCUAUGAGAAAGGAAUCAGGAGCUAUUCUCAUUCAGCCGUGAUCCUGAACCCUUAAGGGGCUGUUAAAAAUAAUCUAUGGUGUCCCCUUGAGAAGAAUUGAUUCUCGCGUCUUUUUUGCUUACAACUUUUUAUGGUUUUUUAGGUACGCAACCACCGAGUCAUAAAUCUACUCGAUUUUGUGACAAUUUCAGUAAUCUUAGGGUCUUUCAAGAGUUAACUAAAAUGAGCAAAAUUCUCUUAUUCUCUUCUUGUAAAAAAUUUCUCGAGCUGUCUCUCUUGAUUUUUAAUUCCAAAAACUCGUUUUUCGGAAGAUUGAAAAAUUUCCUAAUAAUACCUUGAAAACUUCCCGAUGCCUCUUUUGUCUCAAAUUACAUAGUGGAAAAAGAAAAAAAGUUCUGAGAAACAAUUUGGCUCAGAACCAAGAGAAAAAACCCCGUUUGUUGCUUUUUUUUUGAUGACGAAAGUUCAAUGAACACGAGGUUUCGCUGUAAAUCAAUGCCUAAAGUUCGUCACUUUUUCACGGAUCGAGUCAUGUUCAAAAUAGCUUCGUAUGUGCUCAGAAGGUUUUCUUUAGUUCCAAAAUUGAUAUAAUAAAAAAGGCUGAUAGAUUCAAGUACCACCUCUACGCGGUGAUGGGGAGGCAACGCCAUUUAUGGCGGCUAACGGUACACCGGUCACGCAGUUCGGCUUGCUUCUGCUAACAGAAUGGGCGGUCUUUUUUAGCCCUGGCAAGGCAAAAAGGAUAAUCAGACCAAAAUUAUGCUAUAACACGUUCAACACCACGGAUGGAACUUUUUCGCAAGAAUACCAGUCAACCAGGACAACACUGGAUGACCGAUUGCAUAAGACCUCCUGGAAAACGUGUGGUCCACGCUUCGAUCAAUAAAAGGCAAUAAAAGAUCGAAAGCGAAGAUGGACCAUCUAAGUAUCUAAGUAAGUAAGUAGAUAGAAAAACAAAACCUUUGAAGAAUUGAAGUUCUAGGUUCCUAAUUUCUCAAAUUCUCGGCACCAAAAAGACCCACUUUGUUCAAAUUUUUCAAACUUUAAAGUCAAGUUUCCUAGUCCGAAAGAAAAAGUUUCGAAAUUUCACAUGAAUUUUGAUCUCCAUAGGUAUGUAAGAAGAUCUCUCAAAUCCAAAAGUAAUCGAGUGAAAAAUAAAUAUUUUUAACCCUAACUUUAUUUCAAAUGUAAAAUCUUCAAAAUUUUCCAAUUUCUGCCUGAACUCGAGUAAAAAAAGGAGCACGCAAUGAAGAACAGAGGAGAGCAAAAUGAAAAUUGAACGUAGGGAGGGGAACAAUUUCGUACGCGCUUCCUACUUAAUGGCUUUUUAUUCACUCAAAUUGUUGCCUUUAUUUCGUUCCAAAUUCUGCCCUUUGCAUUUACGCGGAUUUUUUCCUAGCAUAAACGGCUUUCUGCUUAAUGAGCUUCUUCCCUCUUUUUUUGCGCUUUCUGAACACUGGCUCGAUUUUUUUUUCUCAUUUUUUGGUUUACGCGAAAAUUUAUUGAGACCAGAAGCCAGCCGGCCAAUUUCGCAGUUUUUAAACAAUGGCUGGAUCAAAAAUAAACGAAAUCUGGGAUGAAAUUCCAUCUCAAAUUGUGUCCUGAAUGAGCUGUUCUUUGCUGCUUGAACGCUAUUCCAGACACGCGAAACACAAUACAACACUUUUUUCUUCUCUUUUUUUGCGUCUGCAGAAGGACUCUCGAAUAUGAAAAAGUGAAGGGAACACGCAGGAGACGCGUUCGCAACUGACGAAUAAUCUGGUACUGCGCAAACAGAGCGAGCAAAAAAUUGCAAGAAAAAAUCGUCUCUUUUUUUCGAACUACGGAGGGCAUGGGAUGAUGGCCAGCGGUGCAGCGAAAACGAAAACGAACAAGCACAACAGAGACCAAAUAAAUGGGAAAACGGCACGUUCUUGGUGCUCCGCGGCUCACUUCACACAAAACGGAGCCCCUCGGCGGCGAAGAAACAAGAAAUUGGCUCAGCUAUGAAAAAGAAGAAGAAAAAGAUGGAAAGAAAGAAGAAAUUAUUCCACAAGGAGGGCGAAAAUCUAGCCGUCUUUUGCAUAAAAGUUGCGCAAAAUGGAUGACGACGACGCUGGCUGGGUUUGAUGCUCCAGGAAAAUUUUACUCGGAGAAAAGAGAGGAAAACGCGUGUUCCCGAGAGAUUUGAGGGCUCGACCCUCGUUGCUCGCGUACUUUACGUCCGCAAAAACAAGGCAUAUCGCCAGUGGCAAGUGCGCCAAGACCCGUCGAGUCGCUAUUUCGAUGUUAUCUCGGCUUUGAAAACUUCUGAGGCAGAGGGCGAAGAAAGCCGUUUGAAUGGAGAUGACGUCAAUGUCGAAUAAGGUCACGAAUCAAACUUUUGAAAAAAAAUAAUGAAAAAAACACUAAAACCUUUCAUUUUCAGGUUACUUUCAUAGUUUGCAGUCAAUCUAUUAGGACGGAAAUGAUGUCAUUUCCAAACUAAGGUCAACGGAAAAGUAGCUAUACUGGUCUAUUCAUUAAUGGAAAAACUGCAAAAAACGAUUUUUCUUCUUGUUAUCAUCAUCUUUUAUAGUUAGGUGGCUUCUAAAAUCAGGUUAAUCAGAGUUAAUUUGAGAUCAAAACUUUUUUCCAUCUUCAGACUUCAGUUUCCUUCAAAAAUGGUAAAACGCAAUGUGUCUGGACGAAUUCGCAAUGAGAAAACGCCGAUCAGGAUCAACCUACUUUUAAGGGUCUAUUACCAUUCCUAAUUAGAAAAUUUGUCUACAAUACACGAAACCGAAUAUUUGGCUGGUGCUGUUGAUUUUGUGCACAUCCAAGUUUCAAGCUUCAAGAAAUUAUUCCUUAUAAAAUGAAAAACAACAUUCCAUUUUGCUCAAUAGAAGUUGAUGAUAUUUUUUGUUAAUUACCAUAAUUUGAUCGAGAACUUCUGGAAAGAACUCAGAAAACGCUUUGAAGUUCAAAAGAUGACGUUUUCUUUUUGAACUUCUUCUUGGAAACUUGAACUUCACCUAAUUUCUUCAUCUUCGAACUAAAUGACCUAGAAAUGCUCUCAGAACACGACGAAGAACUUUCAAAGAAGGCAGACUUGGGCACGAGAAAAAAAAAAUACAUUCACAUAUAUAAACUGGGUGGUCUUAGCGUCACGCAAGGCCAUCGUCAAACUCGAAUCUCCGCCGCAAAAACCCACGGAAAACCAGGAUAAAACGAAAAUAGGUGUACAUAUGUACUUGUAGAGGGAGAGGGCGCCGACAAAAAUGCGCCCUCCACUUGAUCGUACAAAAGAAAGUGUUCAAUCGCCUUUUUUUUUUGUUUCAUUUUCAUUUUUCCGGUUCGUUUUGUGGAUCUUCUCACGCACCAUUGCGCAGGUAUUUGAAAAUAUUGUAGUUUUGAGGGAAAUUGAGAUGCGAAAAUUUCUGGUUAGUGUGGGAAGAAUUUUUAUUGGACGUUUUCGAAUUAGCAAGGAAUUUUGGGAGAAAACGAGUUUUGAAAAGGAAAUUCUGGGAGAAUCAAAACUGAAGAAAAUCGAAUUUCAUGAAAACUUUAAUGAAGGCAAAUCGGAGUUUGGAAUUCUUAUUUUAGAGAGAAAAAAAGUUUUGUUAAGCCUAGUUCAGUAUCAAUUUUUUUGAAGAUCAUUUUGAUUCGUUUCUUUCGUAAAGGUUGGAAUUCAUAGAAGUUCAGAAAAAUUUUCUAAUUUUUUUCGGGUUAAAUUUCAAAAAACAGAAGGAUAUAAGUAUUGGUUUGGCAGCUUAUAGCGGCACCAAAUGCAAAAAAAGAUCAGAAAGUUUCAAAAAGUGUAAUCUUUAGCUGGACUGUUCACUUCUUUAAAGAUAACAAUAUUUUUUCUUUAACUGAGAAAAAUCCAGAUGAUGAAGUUACGUUUUUUCGGAGCUUUUGAGCUUUCUAAGUUAGUUUUGACAAAUAUCUACUAACAGAUACUGACAUCAGGAAGCCGAGAACCUCACAAACAACACUGAAACUCAUGCGGAACGACUCAGAGGCUUCUUUAGCCGGCGGCGCAUCACUCAUUUCUUCGCACUUCUUUUUCUUUUUCCAGAACGUCCCCACUCCCAGGGUUAAAUGCAUUCGGAGCAGCGCUGUGUGUCGUCGCGUUUUUCCACUCGACGGUUCUUUCAGUGUUCGCGACAGACCUCACACUGGAAACACACAAACAGCCGAGAAGCCCGAGAAAGCUCGAAAGAGCGAAAGAACGCGCCGUGAGAUGAGAGGCACAAAAACCAAUGUUGCGCUUUUGAAUUUUCUUUUUUUCUUCCCUUUUUUUCCAUCCGCUGUCCCUCGUCUAUCUUUUACUGUGGGUGGGAACCAAUCUUGCGACAAAGUUUCGGAUUUUGUUCCGUUUUCCUCUCUCUCUCGCUUCUGCUGCUCAAGAGCUACCGUAAUACGAUUACUCCGCGUGUACUACUACGUCAUGAGGAACACUUUUAUGAAAUUUCUUUGCCGGUGGAUUAGCUAAAGUGCUUAUGCUCACAUUUCGCAAGAAGCGUGGGGAUGGGAGUACCAAAAUAAAUCUUCAGAUAAUGUUUCUGUCAAGAAAUAAUCUGUAAAUCACAUCAAGCAAACUAGAAACACCUGGUUGGUUUUUAUUGAGUUUGGAGCUUGGAAAGUUAUCUCGGAAACGGCCUUAAAAAUCACAAUUCAUUUCUUAGGUACCAGAGAAAGUAAAUUAGAUCCAAGCAGCUGACAAAAAGCAAAUAUCAAGAAAAUGCCGAAUUUCUGAAGUUCAUCUUUGUGAAAAACGAAAAAAAGUACAAAGUUUGGGUUCAGAUUCAAUUCAAACAGUCUCAAAUGAACCGAAGACAAAAAGAUAUCUAUGCUUUUUUCUAGAAAAAUAUGUCUUCACUAUGUUCCGAAGUUUUCCGAACUUGGUUCUUCUGAAAAUAAAAGAAACUGACUUCUCUCGCCUCUGUUUUCCAAUUUCAGUUUGGCAGUCCCUCGAAAUUUCAUCGUCUCGGUUUCAAAAUAGACCGCGAAGACGACGUGGGAAGCGACGCCAGCCGGCGAACCGGUCCAAACCGGUCGCUGUCGAGGUGAUGCGAGAGAAGGAACAGAGACAGUGCACGGUAAAACUCAGAGAGAGACAAUCGAACGAGGCGCGGCUGAAAGAGCGGUUGGCGGCGCCGCAGAACGGCGGUUCCGACCUUCCGACGGAAAAACAGGAAGAGAAAAGCCUUCAUCCCAACUUUUCGGCAAUAUCAUCAUCAUCAUCAAAUGGGAAAGGAUGAGUUAA